AUGGCGAUUCAAUGGGUCCUUUUGAUAUCGCGGCAGGGCAAGGUGCGCCUGGCGAAAUGGUACGGCACAAUGAGCCACAAAAGCAAGGCGAAAAUUGUCAAAGAUGUAACACAGAUUAUCCUUGCACGUCGUUCACGCAUGUGCAAUUUUGUUGAAUACAAGGACAACAAAGUAGUUUAUCGGCGUUAUGCAUCGCUAUUUUUCGUUGCGGGUAUUGCGCCCGAUGACAACGAGCUCACGACCCUUGAGAUAAUUCACCGUUUCGUCGAAGUCUUAGACCGCUACUUCGGCAAUGUAUGCGAACUGGAUCUAAUCUUCAAUUUCCAAAAGGCUUACCAGGUGUUAGACGAACUCGUGAUUGCUGGCGAGCUGCAGGAAUCUAGUAAAAAGUCCGUGCUACGUGUCGUCAUGCAAGGCGAUGCUGUUGAAGAAGCUGAAAAUAACGAAGAUAAUCUUGGUCGCAUCGGUAGUCGAUCUGGUUAG